CUCUUUCUCGCUUGAGGAAAUUAUGCCGAGAGGGGGUGGGACUAAUGAAACUAGAUUGGAGGAGUAAAUUGACGAGUCGACGCCUGCAUUUCCCUGUAAUCUUUCUUCUUGCUAUUUCGUAAUGCAAUUCAGGAGGCAGCAAGUACCCAGAAGCAACAUACAUCAGUCUGCCUUAGGAGAUUCCUUAUUCUAGAGAUUUUGCAGUGGAGGUUCAAUAUUUUGUAUGUGGAUUUAUUUUAACAAUCAAGCUACAUUUAUGUUAUGGCAUUUCCAGAACCCAAACCCAAGAAACCUGAGCUUCCCCAAAAACUGCUUGCUACAUUAGAAUGUAAACAAGGAGCUAUAAGAGCAGUGAGAUUCAAUGUGGAUGGAAAUUACUGUAUCACCUGUGGCAGUGACAAAUCACUUAAGCUUUGGAAUCCACACAAAGGGACUCUCCUCAAGACAUAUUGUGGCCAUGGCUAUGAAGUCCUAGAUGCUGCAGGGUCAUUUGAUAACAGCCAACUUUGUUCAUGUGGAGCAGACAAAACAGUUGUGCUAUGGGAUGUUGCCACAGGCCAAGUAAUUCGCAAGUUCCGGGGCCAUGCAGGGAAAGUGAAUUGUGUCCAGUUCAAUGAGGAGGCCACUGUCAUUCUUUCAGGUUCCAUUGACUCCAGUGUCCGUUGUUGGGAUUGCCGCUCUCGCAGACCAGAUCCAAUCCAAAUCUUGGAUGAAGCCAAAGAUGGCAUCUCCAGUCUGAAAGUCUCAGACUAUGAAAUCCUUACAGGUUCUGUGGAUGGACGUGUCCGACGUUAUGAUCUCCGUGCUGGAGAACUCUGUGCAGACUACAUUGGAAGUCCCAUUACCUGUGUAUGUUUUAGCAAGGAUGGGCAAUGCACACUGGCUUCUAGCUUGGAUUCUACACUGCGAUUGCUGGACAAGGAUACAGGCGAGCUACUAGGAGACUACACCGGCCACAAGAAUGUAACUUACAAGAUGGACUGCUGCUUGAGCGAAAGAGACACACAUAUUGGGAGCUGCUCAGAAGAUGGAAAAGUCUAUUUCUGGGAUCUGGUUGAGGGCUCCCUUGUUUUGGCCUUGCCAGUGUGCAAUACUGCUGUCCAGUCACUGUCCUUCCACCCAGUUGAAACCUGCCUGCUCACUGCUGCAGGGGGUCUUGUUCAGUGUUGGAGGGAAGAAUCUUACACAUCUGAGGAAGGAGUGCCUACAUGACUUUGUGGCUGCACUGAGCAAGACUGCAGAUACAGGAUGAUGGACCUCUCUGAUGCAUUUCUCUUACAAUUCUGUGAGUGCAGUUGUAUGUACUUUGCUUUCAGGAGGAAGGAUGGAGCAUAAUUUGGACUCUGCUUCUUCUGUAAAGCCAGCCUGACUGAAUGCUGCCCUUGAGCUUUCAGUGCUCAAAGGUUUCCUUGCUUUAGGUGACAGUAUUUUUAAAUUCAGUCUAUGUAUUACAGACAUUAGUCAAGUAAAACAGUUUAUUUUCUAAAAUUGUUUCUGGAUUAGAAGGAAAUAGAGUUUAAAUGAUAUGUGGGCAUUGUUUUAUUGUAAGUUUUUGUGGCUCAGACGCUUAAACUAUAUAAACACUAGCCCUGAUUUUUCACUUGAACAAAUACAUUGAAAUGAUCACUGUAAAAAAAUAAAGUAAUAUUGAAAAGAAAAUAUACAUUUGCUUUCUUAGCCUAUUUAAAAUGUUUACCUGUUUAAAAUGACAGGAAAAAUAUUUUGAUUGCUGAUGGUUAGAAGUGGUCAGACCUUGUUGGUCACAUCUGCUUGGUUAGUCAAAUGCAUGUCUUUUUAAUUUUGCAUCUGAAUAGAAAAAAUGCCUUAAUGUUACAGAUUGUUAAUGACAGAUAUUGAAGAAAAUAUUUUUAAAAGGCUGCUGUUAUCCAGGAAAGUUCAAAUGUUAGCUUAAACUUUUAGGAAGCUCAUCCUCUGACAGAAAUAUAGUAUUUUUAAAAUUGGAUGUUUAUGAGUUCAAAAUUAAAAAGGUUCUAUACUGUGUGUCAGUGUGGAAUUCCAUUCCCAGAAAUGGAAGAGAAUGGUAUGAACAAAUCAAGUUACUAUUUUCCUGGGAGUAUAUUUACUGCCUUUGAAUUCAAACAACUGAAGCCAGAAUUGUAUAGGUGCUAAAUAAAUAAAAAUUCUCCUUCCAGAAUUACUACAUUCUAAGACUUGCACCAGAUACGUAUAAAUAAGUAGAAACAUAUUUGUUAUUGUGGGAAUGUAUCACAUAGCAUCCAGAGGUAUCUUCUCCUGUGGCUACUUGCAUUUAAAAGUAUGUUUUAGCAGUCCACUCAGAUGCUUAAUUCGUUUAAACUAUUGGGACAUAUUCAAUAUGCCUUUGAGAAGACAGAUCUCUUUCCCUAGGUUCCCUCGGCAUUAAAAUAUGUUGAAUUUGGGUUUUUUCUGCUUUUGUUGUUCAGAUCCAAUAUGCUUUUCUAUAGAAAUAAAAAUGAAAUUAUAAGA